AUGCCGCACAGGUUGCCCUCCUGCGCUAGGGCGCAUAGCUCGUGCGCAACACCUCGGCCGAGCGCGCCGCGGAAGAGCACAGGCGUCCCGGGGCCCGCGCAAACUUCACCUGCUUCGCGGGCUCAGCGUCCAACAGCUUCAGCACCGGCCGCCGCCCUCGCAUUCGAGCCUUCCGCUCCAUCGCACAAUGAAGACGCUGUGCCUCAGGGCUUCCGUGAUGGCAUCGGGUCGCUUCGGUUGACGGCGGAGGCGGAGAAUGCAGCAGCUGCUGCUGCCAUGGUAACCACCAGAUUCGUCGUCCCCCACUUCGUCACCAAGCCCGGUCAGCAGCUCUUCCUCAGCGGCUCCAGUCGGGAGCUGGGCGAGUGGGACCCGCAGCUGGCGCUGCCCCUGGAGUGGAGGGAGGGACACCAGCAUGAGGCCCUGGUACGACUGCCUACCAGCAGGGUCGUACAGAUCAAGCUGCUUCUCAAGGAGAACGGCCGGCCUGUUCUCAGCGAGGAAGGUGACCCACGGGACGUUAUGCUCAUGCCCCGAGUACUGGUUAACCAGGAUCAGGAGGGAAAACAGCCGCAGCUGCAGCAGCAGGCUGGUGAUGUGGGAGCGGUGGAUGUCCAGGAGGCGUUGGCGGGUGCGGCCGCGGAGGUCCCGGCCGCGGCCGCCGCUGCCAGCCCCCUCGUAAGCUCUGUGGGAGUAGUGGACUAUCAGGUGAUGUGCCAUUUUGGAGUUACGGAGGCGACGCAGAUUCUGCGCCUGCCGGUGGUGUUGCCGCCCAAGGAAUCCGGUGAUCGCCGCGUGUUGUGCAAGUUCGUGGUGAUGCUAGAUAACCUCAAACUGGAGCCCCGUCAGCACCCCGUGGUGGUUGGCAGUUGUGACGAGCUGGGGUCCUGGAAGGUUGAGGGGGGAGUCAAGCUGAUGCGCCAGGUUGGCGGCUACUGGACGGGUCGUGUGGAGUUGCCGCUGUUGGAGGGGCCCAUCCAGGCCAAGGUCGUCAUUUGCAAUGCCGACGGCUCCGCCGCUGUCUGGGAGCCUGGAACCGGCAACCGGGUGCUGGUGGCGCCGAAACCUUCACAACUGCCACAACCACCAUCGUCUUCGCCCUCAGCCCCGACUUCCUCAGCCGCCUCUUCCAUGAUGCACAUCUUUGUUUGCCGUUGGAGCCAGCCGGAUCAUACGGCGGUAGUGUCCGUAUCGGUGGAGUACGAGCGGGCGGACAAGGAGUUCCUGAAGCAGAUUGAUGCGGCGCAGCGGGAGAUUGGGCUUAUGCGCCGGGCCGUCACCGCCAAGUCCCGGCAGUGUCAAUCCCUGGAGUCAGAACUGGCAGCCAGCCGCCGCGCUGAGAGGGCUCUGCGGGAAGAGGUCACCACCCUGCGGAACGACGUGGCCUUCAUGAUGAAUGAAGUGGAGGUGGCGCUUCAGAGCGAGUUGGAUGCCCGGCAGGAGGCCGCCGAGGUACGGCAGGAGACCACCAGGCUGCAGCAGGAGCUGCAGCAGCAGAGAGACAACUACGAGCGCCAGAUCUUGUUCCUGGAAUCCAAGCUUGAUGAGAUGGAGGAGGACGUCAUGGCCCUGCAGCAACAACUUGCAGAAGCUACAGUUGCCUCCAACAAUACUUCCUCCCACGACCAGAGGUUCUCAUCCUGGUCCUCCCACUCGUCGUACGGCAGGGAGGAGGCACCACAGGUGUUCAGUCGCUCGAAGUGGCGCUAA